AUGGCCCGGUACCCAACGUCGACGCGCACCCUCUCCUUCGCCGUGCUUUUCUCCGCGUCACUAUGCAUCUCCUACGUUCUGUCGCAGAUCCGCAACACGACCAACACGGCCCCCACGCCCGUCGACUUUUCCGCGAGAAUAGUGGAAUUCGCCGCCGGAUACGACAAUGCCACCGACAUUUCAGGCGGUUCCCUUCUUCUGCCCAUUAACGACGGCUGGACUAACGCGCUCGCGGGCUACAAGACACUCAACCCGGCUGCGACAACCUCGUCGGACCCGGUUCUCGAGGCGCUCAGCACGGUGGUGUCCUCGUCGGGAUCCGUGUCGGCCCUCAACGGCAUGUCCGCCAAUGCCAAGAACGCGCUGUCGCGCCUCGCCAAGUUCAUGUCGAUCAGCCAAUGCAUUCAACCCACUGACAUGCAAACUGGCAACUACAAGAACGGUCGGUUCAGCUUUAGCACGGCUCUUAACCAGCCAAUUUAUCUCUACGCCAACGUCACUGGCUCCUUGACUGCCGCGGGCUUGGUUCACGUCUUCACUGGGACCGACCGCGGCACCGUCGACCCCACUACUUCCGCCAAGAAUGGACUCGUAGCGGGGAGUGACGCUGGGGGGCCGAAAGCAGUGGCGGAUGUGGCAGCCGCGUUUGGAAUGAGCAGCUCGAGCUUGAGUGGAUCCACUCAAGUGUUGGGCGACACCACGUCGUCGUCUGACAUGACCGCGAUUGUUGUGACCGACCCCGUGUUCCCCGCCACCAUGAGCUCGCUCACCAGCUCCGACCCCGUGCAACCAUAUGGCAAAGUUUUGCGGCCUGUCAUUGAUGCGCUGCUCGUGCUCCUUAAAGCUUUUUUUCCCUCCCUUCCCCCUCUCAAAUCACCCCCUUCUCACUCUCAAAUCCCCCUUUUCUCCCUCUCAUCCCUUCCCUUCUUCUCCCCCUCAUUUUCCGCCCUGCUCCCUCUCAUUUCUCCCUCUUCUCCCCCACAUGUCCCCCCCUUCUCCCUCUCAUUUCCCUCCCUUCUCCCUCUCAUUUCCUCCCCUUCUCCCCCUCAUUUCCCGCCCUUCUCCCUCUCAUUUCCCCCCUUUCUCCCCCAAAUGUCCCCCCCUUCUCCCUCUCCUUUCCCCCCCCUCUCCCUCUCAUUACCCCCCUCCCCUUCUCCCCCUCAUUUCCCCCCCUUCUCGCUCUCAAAUCCCCAUUUUUUCCCUCUCAUCCCCCCCCUUCUCCCCCUCAUUUCCCCCCUUGCUCCCUCUCAUCCCCCCCCUCUUCUCCCCCUCACUUCCCCCCUUUCUCCCUCUCAUUUCUGCCCUUGCUCCAUCUUAUUUCCCCCCUUGCUCCCUCUCAGCCCCCCCCCCCCCCUUCUCCCUCCCAUCUACCCCCGUUCUCGCCCUCAUUUCCCCCCCUUCUCCCUCUCUCAUUUCCCCCACUGCUCCCCUUCAUUUUGCCCCCUGCUCCUUCUCACUUCCACAUUUGCUCCCUCUCAUUUCCACCCUUGCCGCCUCUCACUUCCACCCUUGCUCCCUCUCAUUUUCCCUUUGCUCACCAUCAUUUCCCCCCCUGCACCCUCUCAUUUUCCCCCCUUCUCCCCCACAUGUCCCCCACUUUCUACCUCUCAGUUCACGUGUCCGGAUGCUGUGCAUGUUCACGACAUGCAGGUGGCACUGAAGCAGCAGCAGGAGGAGCAGGCGAGGAGGGAUGAGGAAGAGAGGCGGAGGGAGAGGGAGGAGGAGGAGGUGAGGAGGCUGCAGCGGCAGAUGGUGCAGAGGGCUAUACUCAUGCCCUUCUUUGGACCCCCGUUUCAAACCCCGCAGGUACUGUCUACCAAGCGGCCCACACUGUCUCGCUCCCAUCUGCUGCACACCAAUGCCAGGCAUGCAACAGCAGCAGGCAGCAUGUGCGGCAUCUCCUUGCUUAGUUGA